ACUCAGAGCUGCAGAUCGCUCUGGUGGCUCUCUUCAGCGAGAUGCUCUAUCGCUUCCCCAACGUCGUGGUUGCCCAGGUAACAAGGGAGUCAGUGCAGCAAGCCAUCGCCAACGGCAUCACAGCACAACAGAUUAUCCACUUCCUACGGACCAGAGCGCACCCUGUCAUGCUCAAACAGACCCCGGUGCUGCCCCCCACCAUCACAGAUCAGAUCAGACUGUGGGAGCUGGAGAGAGACCGCCUGACGUUCACAGAGGGAGUGCUCUACAACCAGUUCCUCUCGCAGGUGGACUUCGAGGUGCUGCGGGACAGAGCUCAGGGCAUGGGCUGCCUGGUGUGGCAGGACGUGGCUCACAGGGUGCUGGUGGUGAGUCCACAGGGACACAGCGAGGUGAAGAGGUUCUGGAAAAGACAGAAGUCCAACACGUAGCAGCAGGAAGUGAAACCGCGAUGAUGUCUG